AUGGCGCAGGCUCUUGCUAAUGGAGUGAGAGAGGACAAGAGACAGGAUGUGCCUUUCACUACCCAACUGUUGAGCCAGGGAGACCGGAAUCAGGCAAACAAUAAUCUUGACCCGGUCUUGAGUCUCUGCCCAGCAUCAUAUCGCACGGCAUCCUAUGAUUUAGUACCACCAAGUCAAGAUUACUCAGCAUGGAUCGCGUCAGAAUUGAAUAUCCAACGUCUCAACAAGAUACACCGAUGGCUCUGGGCGGCAGGCACCGCGGUACCCCCUCGACCACUGCAUGAUCAGAUUUCCACAGGCCGAGAGGUUGUCAUCACAGAGGCGAUGGAUAUGCAUCUUGUUUGGACAACAGGGAUCAUCUACAUCAAACCUCUUCCACGGUUUCUCCUCGAGCCGACAGUCUGGACUCGGUAUCUCUGCUGCAGAGACAACUGUCAAUGUUCAGUCACAGACCCGGGUGCCCCUAAGGAAUGCGAGCAACGGAAGCUGUACAAGACCGCUCUCGGAUUUCUCUACUCCUACGCCGCUCUUCUACGACACGAGAGUGACUUCCACCUGGCAAAAGACAGAUAUUUGCUUCCCAACACUGGAAUUUCCUGGUUUGACUGGAUUGCCUUUGUGAAAGAGCUUAACACCGAACAUAUCUACCAAGACAUCAACCCCCGCUUCCACCACAAGGAGCUACGACUAAGCAGACUGAACCACAUCUACUUCUUCACUCAAUUCACUCCAGGAGGCUUCGUAAGGCGCUGGGACCGAUACUCGACCUUCUUCCAUGCGAACCUUGGAUGGCUGACGGCUACGACUGUGUAUAUAGUCGUUGUGCUUACGUCUAUGCAGAAUCAACGGAACCGAAGUCCAUUCGAUGUCUUAUACGAUCCCCAGAACGAUCCGAAUAUCGCUAAACCAGCCACGGUCGAGUACGCGCCUAUCUCUUGCAUUAUUGCCGUGCAUGGCUUGGGGUCCGAUGUCGACAGGACAUGGACGUGGCGACAGUCCGAAGAGCCAGUUCACUGGCUUAAAGAUGCCAACAUGCUCCCGAAGGUUGUCCCCACUGCACGAAUAAUGGCGUUCAACUAUGAUUCGACAUGGAUGUUCGAUGCUCCCAGAACACGCGUUGAGUUGUGCGGCGAAGACUUGAUUCGUAGUAUGCACAAUCUCAGAGGGCACUGCGAUCGUCCCGUGGUCUUUUUGGCUCACAGCUUUGGCGGUCUGGUCGUCCAGGAUGGCCUUAUCUUUGCUGACCGCGAGCGAGAGUUCCAGUAUAUCAUCAAAAACACCGCUGGCCUUGUGACUCUUGGAACACCUUCUAGAGGGACACGCAUGUACUGGAUUGCCACACUGAUUGCCCGUCUCACGGGCCUCUGGGGUUCUCACCAGGAAAACCUGUCAUUGUUGGUGUAUGACAGUCCCCAACUUCGAGAUAAAGCACAAAGUCUUGGACGUCUUAGUAGAGAGGUCUAUCCCUUCCCCAUCGUUUGCUUUUUUGAGUUAAUUCAAACAAUGUUUAUAAAGUCUGGAUUUUUAUCGAGCUUCUGCAGGGGGUUUGUCGUCGUUGAGGAAUCAGCCUGUGUAUCUGGGAGCGAACGUCUACAGCUUCAAACCGACCACAUCAAUCUCAACAAAUACUGGGGCCCUCAGGACCGAUCAUACCUGAGUGUCUCCGGUGUGAUAGAGAAGAUGUGCAAGAACGUAGGAACGGUUGUUAACAGACAAGUCCCUGGUGAUGAGCCUCCGCCGAAAGGUCAUUGGAUGGUCCCUUUCGAACGCAAUGAGAGCUUUGUUGGGCGCGAAGACAUUAUGCGCGAGAUUCUUCACAGAAUACCACCAGGGAAGUUCCGAGAUACAUGUCAGCAGACUGUAGUUGAAGGCCUUGGUGGUGUUGGGAAGACUCAAAUCGCUCUCGAAGCUACCUUUCGACUACGGAAGUUGAACCCUGGCUGCUCUGUGUUUUGGGUCCCUGCUAUCGAUGAAAUCGGGUUCCAGAAUGCAUACAAGCGCAUAGCGGAGUUCCUGGGCAUAGACAUACCGGAAGGCGAGAAUGCUAGCAUCACAGCAAGAGUCAAAGAGGCACUCAGCAGCGCCAACGUCGGCGAGUGGCUUCUUGUCAUCGACAAUGCGGAUGACCCGAAACUUCUGUUCAAUCCAGGAUGCUUGGCAUCUUAUCUACCAUCGAGUCCCGCCGGUUCAAUUAUCUUCACAACCAGAACCUCCGAGAUCACAACUCAACUUGACGCACCUUCGGCUGGCACCUUUGUUAUCGAUGCCAUGAGUAAGGAAGAAGCCACAGCCCUCAUGUGCACCAAACUUUCAGCGUCGCAGAUGGAAGAAACGCAUAGCCUUGAUUGUCUCUUCAAAACUCUUGCCUAUCUUCCAUUGGCCUUGAAGCAGGCUGCAUCGUACAUGCAAAAGACCAAGGACACGCCUACACGAUAUUUACACCUGUGCCAAUCGAGCGAUGAGACUUUUAUCAAACUGCUUACAAAGGAAUUCAGGGACAAGACUCUCAGUCAAGACUCGGACUAUGGAGGCCAGGCCGAAACCGCAGUGGCUAAAACAUGGCUUAUCUCCUUCAAGCAUGUUCGUCGAAUCAACCCAAUGGCUGGCGACAUUCUGGAAUUCCUGUGCUUCUUAUCUGAAAAGGACAUCCCACUCUCUAUCCUACCUCCAGAGUAUGAGGACCUGAAGCUAAACGAGGCUAUUGGUGUUCUUCAGUCGUAUGCCUUUAUCACAACCAGGGAAGAUGGGGAGUUUCUUGACAUGCAUAGACUAGUCCGUCUCGCUACCCGGAAUUGGCUUGAAGAAACUGGACGUUUUGUGCAAGCAUAUGAUCCAGUACUGUUGCGACUAACAAACCUCCUCGAAAAAUACCAGCUGGAAGACCGCGAUCGAUAUACGAGAUUCAUACCCCAUGCUGAGAGUGUAGUGAGUAAUAACACUCGCUCCAAUGAUCUCUCGGCUCGAUUCAAGAUACUUCUCUCGUUUUCUAUUGUCCUAUACGCCGAGCAUAAGAAUGCUUUUGGGUUCAUGAAAGAAGCGGUAAGGAUAGGAAGCAAUAUUUUCCAAGAAAGUCAUACUGAGCUGAUGACGGCGAGGUUCUUUUUGGCUGAUCUACUCAAAAAGUCCGGAAGGGCUUUUGAAGCAAAGGAUCUUGUACAAAGGAACCUACAGCUAAGCCGGGAGACUGUUGGCGAAGAGGAUCCUCAAACUUUGCGCUACGCUGCCGAUUAUGGACACAUACUUCAGGGCUCAGAACCUGCAGAAGCAGAAAGAAUAUUGCAGCAAACAUUGCAGAAACAAAGACAGGUUCUAGGCGAAGAGCAUGAAGACACAGUUGACACCAAGGGUACCUUAGUUGACUGUCUUCUGAAACUUUCUAAAUAUACGGAAGCAGAAGAAAUGGCUCGGCAAGUACUGAACGCAAAACCGAAGGACCCCGGUGAAGCAGAAAUAGACAACACAAAUACCAUGCUGAGGCUUUCAACAGCUCUUCUCCAUCAAAGCCUGUACGAGGAAGCAGAGCACUUAGCUCGACGAGUCUAUCUCAAAAGAGAAAGAAGCAUCGGAACAAAGGGUUACUUCACGCGCCAAUGUCUUGAUCUUUUAACAGUUAUCCUUUUUGCUGCUGGUAAAUACCAGGAAGCUGAAGAGAAAAGUCGCCUCUUGCUUAAUCUACUGGAAAGUAUUUCCGAAGAGGAAACGGCGGAAAAAAUCAACGCGAUGCUUAUAAUAGGACUAUGUCUUGCCAAAAGGGCCGAUUUCCACGAAGCUACAGGCAUUUUGAGAGAGACGAUGGAGCGAUGCCUUCGUUUUUAUGGGAAGCAACACGAACUUACAGUGCUCUGUGGCUUUGCCGAUGAAGGAUGUAAAAGUUAG